AUGCACGCCUCACCCAUCGCCCUCUUCCUCUUCGCUUUCGCAUGCGCCUCUUCUUUGGCUCAGACGACAUCGCAGGAUCAAAGCGCUGCUGGCGCUAGCGACAGCGAUCUCACCAUCCUCAACCCUACGAGCGGGGCGACCUGGACUUCCAGGACUCAGACGCAGGUGUCGUGGAGCGGCACCGCGCCUGCCAAGUUCAACAUCCAGUGAGUCGUGCGUGCGUGCGUGCGUGCGUGCGUGCGUGCGUGCGUGCGUGCGAGAAGGCUGUGCUGGCGUAGGGCCCUGCUCUGCUGCGCGGGCUCACACCACCCCGCUUCUUCUUUCAUCAGGGUUCUGAAUGACAACAACAGGAUUCUGGCAAACGGCAUCUCAGUCGCCAACAAUGUCGACGCUUCCAAAGGUUCCGUCACGCUGACGCUCGGCGAUUAUGCUCGUGAGUCCGCACGCAAACACGCACCACACGCACACAAACAGGCGCUUUUGGCCUGUUCCAUCUGCCAAACUAUGCGCCGCUCGCCCCGCUCAACAUCAUCGCAUCUCCUCACCUUUUGUCUUGACAGCGGCCGACAAUUAUCAUGUCCGGUGAGAUGAGAGCUGCAAAGUGACUCUGCUUGAAGAGGAAGGGAAGGAGGGCACGGAGGGCAGCAUUGUAUUGUGCUCAUCUCAUCGCCCACGCUUGCUUCCACCGCGGCAGUUUCUACUCCGUCUCCAACAUCAGCACCGAGUAUGCGCGCUCUGGUCCCUUUAGGAUCCAAAGACCCGCACAUGGUACGGUGACCAGCAACAGUACGGGAUGGAGCCAAUCGGGCGGCGGCAACGCGAGCGCGGGUGCCAGUGCCGCUGCCGGUGCCGGUGCCGGUGCGAGCAGCGCCAAUUCGAGCACAUCCAACAACGGCAGCAACGGCACCGGUUCCACUUCCACCAACACCAACGCCAACGGAUCAAACGCUGCUACAGCCGCCAACAACGUCAACACCACAUCUUCUCGUCCGAGUGAGUAGGGCUCAGCACUCGUUUUGUCUCCACCCAUCAACCCUUGGCUUUUCGACGCGCGCCUAACGAGAGGGAAGUUUUCAUUUUUUAUUCCCACAUUUUCCUUGCCCACAGCGACUUCGCAAGGCAGCAGAGACGCCGCUGCUGCUGUGCGUACGAAGGAUGCCCAACUUUUGCUCGGCGUCACGGUGGCCUCGACAGCGUUGAUUGUGGCCUGCUUGAGCCUGCUCUGA